ACUGUGCAGGAAGAGCUGGAUGCCCUCCUGGAACAGCAAAGCACUAUAGAGAACAAGAUGGUCGCCCUUCAUCGCAUGGGCCCCAACCUGCAGCUGAUCGAGGGCGAUGCGCAGCAGUUGGCAGGGAUGAUCACCUUCACCUGUAACCUGGCCGAGAACGUCAGCAGCAAGGUCCGCCAGCUCGACCUUGCCAAGAAUCGACUCUAUCAGGCCAUUCAGAGAGCUGACGACAUCCUCGACCUGAAGUUCUGCAUGGAUGGAGUUCAAACAGCUCUGCGAAACGAGGAUUAUGAACAAGCAGCAGCUCAUAUUCAUCGCUAUCUGUCUCUGGACAAAUCGGUGAUUGAGCUCAGUCGUCAGGGCAAGGAAGGAGGCGUAAUUGAUGCCAACCUGAAGCUCUUGCAGGAAGCAGAGCAGCGCCUGAAGAUGAUUGUCACAGAGAAAUUCAACACAGCUAUGAAGCAGGGAGACCUGCCACAGGUGGAACGGUUCUUCAAGAUCUUUCCUCUGCUGGGCUUACAUGAAGAGGGGCUGAGCAGGUUCUCCGAGUACCUCUGCAAGCAGGUGGCCAGCAAAGCAGAGGAGAACCUACAGCUGGUGAUGGGGACAGACAUGAGCGACCGCCGAGCUGCUGUUAUCUUUGCCGACACCCUGACGCUCCUCUUCGAAGGGAUCGCUCGCAUUGUGGAGACCCACCAGCCCAUUGUGGAGACCUACUAUGGGCCGGGGAGGCUGUACACCCUCAUCAAACACCUGCAAGUGGAGUGUGACCGGCAGGUGGAGAAAGUGGUGGACAAGUUCAUCAAAGAGAGGGACUACCACAGGCAGUUCCAGCAAGUUCAGAAUAGCAUGAUGAGAAGUUCUUCCACAGAGAAGAUUGAACCAAGGGAACUGGACCCCAUUUUAACAGAAGUCACUCUGAUGAACGCCCGCAGCGAGCUCUACCUGAGGUUCAUCAAGAGACGAAUAACAGCUGAUUUUGAGGUGGGAGACUCCAUGGCCUCAGAGGAGGUAAAGCAAGAGCAUCAGAAAUACCUGGACAAGCUCCUCAACAACUGUCUGCUGAGCCGCACCAUGCAAGAGCUCAUCGGCUACUACAUCACCAUGGAGGAAUACUUCAUGAGGGAGACGGUCAACAAGGCCGUUGCCAUGGACAGCUACGAGAAGGGCCAGCUCACCUCCAGCAUGGUGGAUGAUGUGUUUUAUAUCGUGAAGAAGUGCAUUGGGCGUGCUCUUUCCAGCUCCAGCAUAGACUGUCUCUGUGCCAUGAUCAACCACUCCACUACCGAGCUGGAGUCCGACUUCAGGGAGGUUCUGUACAACAAGCUGAAGCAGGGCUUUCCAGCCACGACCUUCCAGGACUUCCAGAGAGGGGUGACCAGUGCCGUGAACAUCAUGCACAGCAGCCUGCAGCAGGGCAAGUUCGAUACCAAAGGCAUCGAAAGCACCGAUGAAGCCAAGCAGUCCUUUCUGGUGACCUUAAACAACGUGGAAGUCUGUAGCGAAAACAUCAUGACCCUAAAGAAGACUUUGGAGUGCCUCUCGGACAUGGCUGCAGUCUCCAACAAAUUUCGUGACCUGCUGCAGGAAGGUCUCAACGAGCUGAACAGCACAGCCAUCAAACCCCAGGUGAAGCCCUGGAUCAACCUGUUCCUCUCGGUCUCUCACAACAUCGAGGAGGAGGAGUUCAGCGACUAUGAGGCUAACGAUCCCUGGGUCCAGCAGUUCAUCGUCAAUCUGGAACAGCAGAUGACAGAGUUCAAGGCUGGACUGUCCCCAGUGAUUUACGAUACCCUCACGGGUCUUAUGACCAGUCUCAUAGCCAUCGAACUGGAGAAAGUGCUGCUCAAAUCCACCUUCAGCAGGCUCGGCGGGCUGCAGUUUGACAAGGAGCUGCGCUCUCUCAUCGCCUAUCUCACCACCGUCACCACCUGGACCAUCCGCGACAAGUUUGCCCGCCUUUCCCAGAUGGCCACCAUCCUCAACCUGGAGAGGGUGACGGAGAUCCUGGAUUACUGGGGCCCCAACUCGGGACCGCUCACCUGGCGCCUUACUCCUGCCGAGGUCCGGCAGGUGCUGGCUCUCCGAAUCGACUUUCGCAGCGAGGACAUCAAGCGCCUGCGCCUCUAG